CUUGUAGUCAUUUCCCCGCUUCUUUAUUUUAGAGACUCCUCUGCUCUGCAUCUAGGGUUAGGGUUUUGAAGCUUCGACUUCCCAUCUAGUAUGGCGGCUUCUGCAGUUCAACCGGCCCGCUCCUCCAAGACGGAGAGCUACGUUGACAAUAAGCGCAAGGACGACGUACGCAUGGCCAAUAUCGUGGCGGCUAGGUCUGUAGCGGACGCCGUCCGCACCAGCCUGGGCCCUAAAGGCAUGGACAAGAUGAUCUCCACUGCUUCGGGCGAAGUUAUCAUCACCAACGACGGUGCUACCAUCCUCAACAAGAUGGAGGUGCUCCAGCCGGCCGCGAAAAUGCUCGUGGAGCUCUCGAAGUCGCAGGAUGUUGUGGCAGGGGACGGCACGACCACUGUUGUCGUCAUUGCUGGUGCUCUUCUCAAGCAGUGUCAGUCCCUCCUUUCCCACGGGAUUCACCCAACGAUAAUUUCAGAUUCACUCCAUAAAGCGUCCCAAAAGGCCCUCGACGUCCUCGCCGCCAUGGCAGUUCCUGUUGAGCUCUCCGACCGCGAAUCGCUUACCAAGUCCGCGAGUACUUCCCUCAAUAGUAAGGUUGUUAGCCAGUACUCUACCCUCCUCGCUCCCCUCGCUGUUGAUGCUGUGCUAUCCGUUGUCGAUCCUGCAAAGCCGGACCUGGUGGAUCUUCGUGACGUCAAGAUUGUGAAGAAGCUCGGUGGGACGGUGGAUGACACUGAGCUUAUUAAGGGGUUGGUUUUUGACAAAAAGGUCAGUCACUCUGCUGGGGGACCAACGCGCGUUGAGAACGCAAAGAUUGCUGUUAUUCAGUUUCAAAUCUCACCCCCAAAGACAGAUAUUGAACAGAGCAUUGUGGUUUCGGAUUAUACCCAAAUGGAUAGAAUCUUGAAGGAGGAGAGGAAUUACAUUCUCAGUAUGAUUAAGAAGAUUAAGGCGGCCGGUUGUAACGUACUGUUGAUUCAGAAGAGUAUAUUGAGGGAUGCUGUGACUGAUUUAUCAUUGCAUUAUCUUGCCAAAGCUAAGAUUUUGGUGAUUAAGGAUGUUGAGCGUGAUGAUAUUGAGUUCAUUACCAAGACGUUGAAUUGCCUGCCCAUUGCCAACAUUGAGCAUUUUCGUGCAGAGAAGCUGGGACAUGCAGAUUGUGUUGAAGAGUUUUCACUUGGGGAUGGGAAGAUAGUGAAAAUUACAGGAAUUAAGGAUAUGGGGCGGACUGCUACAGUUCUUGUUCGUGGCUCAAAUCAGUUGGUAUUAGAUGAGGCAGAACGGAGCUUGCAUGAUGCUUUGUGUGUUGUUAGGUGUUUAGUGAACAAGAGAUUUUUGAUUGCCGGUGGGGGUGCACCGGAGAUAGAGUUGUCAAGGCAACUUGGCGCAUGGGCAAAAGUGUUGCAGGGAAUGGAGAGUUAUUGUGUGCGAUCAUUUGCAGAAGCCCUUGAAGUUAUUCCAUACACGCUGGCUGAGAAUGCAGGUUUGAACCCGACAGCUAUUGUCACUGAGUUGAGGAAUCGGCAUGCGCAAGGGGAGAUCAAUGCUGGGAUAAAUGUGAGAAAAGGACAGAUAACAAACAUACUGGAGGAGAAUGUUGUGCAGCCGCUGCUUGUCAGCACCAGUGCCAUAAUGCUGGCAACAGAGUGUGUGCGGAUGAUUUUGAAGAUUGAUGAUAUUGUUAUGGUGAGGUAGUUCCUAUAAGAACACCAAGAUGUUUUGACACAUUUGCUGUCUCGUUAUCUAUUUGUUCCUGUCUCUGCUUUAAAUUGGUGGCUUUUUGUUCUAGAGAUUAAUUAUGGUAAAAAAAAAAAAGAUGUUCUUGCA